AUGGCCUACAACCAUCGACAGAGCCAGCAAGUGCACGGCGGCCAGCAGCACAGCCGGGGCCGCAAAAAGGAAGAUGACAGCGACGCAUUGAUGCGCCUACCAGACAAGGAGAUUGCAGGAUGCAUCAACGAUAUCGGUGUUCCCUUCAACACAGCCGACCUGAUCAAGCCGAAUCCUCAGCAAAUCCAAAUGGUGCUGGAAUGGUUCGCUGAGCUUCUCAUGAACACCACCCGCGAUACAGUCGACCCGGCAAUGCGCGCAGCUGCUCAGGAUAUUUGUGGCGACUACUCCGAUAUCGUCCCCAACGACACACGUAAUCUGAUGGGGUUUUUUAUUAACUUGAGGCGCCUGAUGAUUGAGUGCGGAGUGAACGACUUUACCUUCUCCGAUCUUACACGCCCUACACAUGACCGGCUUGUCAAGAUUUUCUCAUACCUGAUCAACUUUGUCCGCUUUCGCGAGUCGCAGACUGCCGUUAUCGAUGAACACUUCAACAAGGCCGAGCAAACGAAAGCGCGUAUCGAAACCCUCUAUGCAGACAACCAAGACGUUGGCGACCGGGUGGACGAAUUGCGAAGAAACCAAAAGGCGCUUGAAAGCCAGGUAAAAGAAAAAGUGCAGCGCAACAACUCCUUAAAAGCGCGCUUGCUGGUUUUGAGCCAGAGCCAAGCGAAGAUUACAGAGGAACUCGAAAGGGCAAAGGCGGACAAGGCGAAGAGACAGGCGGCGCUUGAAGAAAAGACGGAAAAGGCCAUUCGAGCAAGACAAGAGAUCGACAAACUCAAACCAUACGUUCAACAAAGCUAUGCGAGCUUACAGACUUCCCUCACCGAGUUAUCCGAAAAUCUGGUCCGCGAAAAAGGCCAGGUAGACACCAUGGAACGACGCCUGCGAGCGCUGCAAACAUCAAUUGACACGUUUAAUAUCGUCGCAAACGAAGUCCAGGCCUGUGUCAAGGUUCUGGAAGAUAUUUCCGUCGAGCUGCAAAAGGAAGAGGAAGAAGAUGCACGAGCAGCAAGAAACAAAGAUGCAAUUUCUGAAAGAGGAAACAAUGUCCGUGAAGUCGCACAGACAGAAAAGCUUUUGCAGCGACAGCUGGCGCGGUGGAACGAGAGAAUUGAAGCUCUCCGCAAGAACAGCCAAGAGAAGCAGGAACUCGCCCAGGCCCGAAUGGAAGAGCUACGUUCUACACAAAAGCAGCUUAGAGAAGAGCGUGCCGAAAAACAAAAGGCGAUGGAGAUCAAGAGAAUCCGUAUUGAACAGACUGAGAAAAAGAUGACGGAUCUCAAGGAGAAUAUUGAGAACGAGGUCCACAGAGCACAUGACGAGUACCUCAAGCUGGAAUCCCAUAUCAAACUAUAUAUUACGGAAAUGCAAAAAUGUCUAUAG